AAUAUCUUAUUUUAGGUGAAAUCAUUUAAUACAUCAGUGCUGAUUGAAGACUUACAAACAUACACUUUGUAUACGUUUGAAGUGUUUGCCCAUUAUACAGACAUAUUUAACCACACAAGACCGAUAGGUUUAUCAAGUGAUUCAGUUUAUCUACAGACAAGAACAGCACAAGAUGUUGCAAAGUUUGCCCCCAAAGUAACUGUGGGAGCUAUUGAAUUUGCAGAAGAUGUUCGGUCAAAAGUUAGAAACAUUACAGUUUAUUGGCAGAAUUUCAAAGAAAUGGAUGAAAAUGGGCCGAUUGCGAAAUUUGAAGUGUUACUCGAAUCUGCAGGUGAUGAACCUAUUUCUCAUCAGAUUAGUUCUUCUAACGCAUCACACCAUACAUUCACUAAUAUUCAGUCUGGAAAAUCUGGCAGUGUAAGAAUAAAGGCAGGAACAAAUGUUGGAAUGUCUGCAGCUAGCUCUCCAAUAUACAUUAAUAAAGGAGACUACAAACCUCCACCUUUUGUACUUGAAAAAGUAAACAGAGACAUCAUGAUGUCAUGGGAAACAGAAACUACCAAAGGGAUAAAAGGUUAUACUAUCUACUGGUGUGAAAGGACUAACGGAUGCGAGAAACAACUUCAAUGGGCACAUGUAUCAGUUGAUGCGAAAUCUUAUACUGUACAGAAGUUGGAUUUUGAAAAGAUUUAUUUAUUUGGGCUUUCCUUGGACAGUGACAACAAAAGUACCGGAUUCUCGUGGGAAAAUUGUUAUUUCAUUCGAAAUGAAAUUCCUCAAAGGCCAAAAAGUGUAACGGUGCAGGAUCGGGAUAAACAAUCGAUAACAAUUGUCUGGGCAAGACCAGGACCUUGUGAACGUUCACCUUUCGUAGAAUUUUAUAGCUUAUAUUGGUGCCAAGCUGAUGACAAAGGCACUGAAUGUUUAAUUGGUACAAAUUCUUCCAUGAGAAUCAACUCAUCUAUUAGUAAAGUCGAAAUGCAAUAUACAAUAAGAAACCUCAAAAGUGAAACGAGGUAUGUUGUUUGGUUGAUUGCUGUAUCGUCUGCUGGAAUGCAAAGUCUUGAAGGGGAGAAAAAUUAUAAUGUUACAACAAUGGAUUCAUUACAGUCUGAUACAGGUGCCAUGAACUUAGCAGCUGCUAUUGGCAUACCAAUAAUAGCUGUAGUGAUAGUUAUAUGUCUACUUAUAGCAGAGAUCAGUUGCCAUUUGUGUAGAAAGAUCAAAGAAAUGUCAAGACCAUAUGAAAUAGAAGUACCAUCCAUUCACAUUAAGGAUACUACCUUGAGGAACUUAGACAAAGGUGGGGUAUACAAACACUGUACCAUAAAUAGAGGUUUAUCUGGACAUGACAAUAAAUCUCUGGACAUUUUAAACGAGCAAACCAAGAAUCCAGUAAAUGCAAUUAGUGAAUGCGUGUAUAAUGAGGAACAGAAAAGAAAUAGUUAUCACAUUCUUGUAGGAGACUAUCUAGCCAAAGAUUCACCUGCAGUUCAUAAUAUGGAUACUUCUAUACAGCACCAAGGAUCUUUACAAUCACAAGAUGAUGUAACACCAGAAAAUUCUUCGAGUGCAUUGAUUUCAUUGAUUACAGUUACAUACCCAGCACCUCUACCUAAAGAGAAAAAUGAAACCGAUUGUUUGACCGACGAAUAUUCCGAAAAGCUAGAUGAGCUCCUUGAAAACAAUUUCAAUGGGUCAAGUUCAAGUGUGUCAAAAGAUAUUACAGUAGAGUCUGAGAAUAUAAGUAGCUAUGUAUCACAUCCUAUAUCCACGUCCGUGAUAGCUAUGUCAGAAGACAAAAGUAAGGACGAGAACACAGAUGCUGCUAUUCAAAAGAAAACACCAACAGUAAUACCCUCAAAUAGUGAAUAUGUUUCUAUGAAUACCAUUUGCGACCAAAACGGAAGUUCUGGGAUUGGAACAUGUUCCCAUCCUUUUAGUUUUAAUUGUUCAGCAGACACUUCAUUGGCUAGCCAGGCAACCAGUAAUACCGUUUUGGCCUAUAAGCAUAAAAAACCACUCACCUUACAGAUUUAUCCUGGAAGUUUUGACUUGAAUAAAUCGUUUGAGGGAAGUCCAGAAAGUCUUACUUCAUCCGAAUCCAUAUCAAGCGUUGAAGGAAUAGAUUUCCCUGAUAAAUACAUUGAUUGUAAUACUACGCUCAAAACUAGUGAGAGUGUUGACUAUUCUUUGCUACGUAAUUAUACUGUUACAUCUCCUCGUAUUUCCCCCGUAGAUACCCCACCGGUAUUAAUGAAUAAUAAUUUAAGAAUGCGUUUUAAUGGGUAUGUUUUUGAUAUCAACAACCCGAAACAAACAAUUCAAAAUAACUUCUUAAAGAAAAUAUCAGAAGGCGAACUACAAAAUAGACCACAACAGAUGACGAAUGUCAUGUUUCCAGUGUUGGAUAAUUUGCGCAGUGAUACCGAAGUAGUUCCAGAUAUAUCUUAUGACAACAAUGGCAAUGACAUAACAAAUUGCAGCACUAACAGCAAUAACGGGGGAUACAUUCAUCAUAGUGCUAUACAGAAAGGUUACAAUAAUGGCAACAAUUUAUGUGUCAUAAACGUUCAAGAUGAAAAAAUAUGAUUUUAUUUUUCAAGAUAGGGAUCUAAUUUCAUAAGCGUUUGACAAAUGGCCGGAUAACGUAUCACAAAUGAUAUGACAAUAUACUUGCAGCAAUAUAUCAGGUGUUUAACAAUGCCGAAUUGGUGCUAGUGUUUGAUACAUGUGCCUCAUUGUGUGUAGUCUCUAAGUAAUGGUAUCCAUUAUUAGCAUUCAUCCAACAUUCAUCAUCCAUUAUCACCAUUCAUCAUCCAUUAUCGAUGAUCAUCAUGUAUCAUCCUAACCAUUAUCGUAGUCGAUGUCGUCGUCAUCGUCAUCGUCAUCGUCGUCAUCAUCACCACACGUUUACGUAAUUUCACUCCGUUUUUGUAUAGCAUUGUUUGGUUUAUGAGGUUUAAACAUCGCAAUGUUACUGUUGCCUUUACUUGUUUUCCGUGUGGUAUUUUGACCAAUUUCCUAAUUUAUCAAUGGAAAAUUGAAUAAGGAUUAUUAUGUUAUUGAUGGUGUAAGAACCGAUACAUUAACUAAUAAGCUUUUUUUAUUUUACACACGGGUACCUACAGUUCAUUAACAGGGUUUUGACCAGGUGCUAGAAAAUAAAAAUAAAAAAAUACAAAUUCAGUUUUUUGUGGUUUUCCUUUAUCAAGAAUGCUCAAAUCGUAAACUUCAAAAACUGAGGACAAAUAAGCGUUAUGACCUUCAGAGAUAAACAAAGAAAACCAAAUGUAUUCAAUGUUUACAUUGGCAGUCAUAUUUCAUUAUAUAUUAUAUUUCUUUUUUUUUUCAUUUUCAUUUGUAUAUUAUCAUUUUUAUUUUGUAUUUUAUUGUAACUUUAUAAAUAGACAAUCAAGGACAUGACACAUAUGUUUUACUGCUUUUAAGAACUUUCGUUUUGAAUUUUUGUCAUUGCUCAGACUUGUAAAUAUUACAGGUAUUAGUAUUUUAGACAACAUUUACGUGUUUGUUAC